UCUCAUAAUUUUAUUUUGUUAACAGGAAAACUAUGACAGUAGAGGAAAUUUUAACAAUCGACAUAAAACCCGGAUGGAAGAAAGGAACUAAGAUCACCUUCCCGGAGAAAGGAAACGAGCAGCCGAACGUCAUUCCUGCAGAUAUUGUCUUCAUCAUUGACGAGAAGCCACACGAUCUCUUCAAAAGGGAAGGAAACGACCUAAUCUUCACACAGAAAGUGUCCUUAGCUGAAGCUCUAACUGGCUACACGGUUCAUCUCAGAACGCUGGACGGAAGAAGCCUCACCAUACCCAUAAACUCCAUUAUUCAUCCUGGUUAUGAAGAGGUGGUGCUGAGAGAAGGGAUGCCGAUAGCGAAGGAUCCUUCGAAGAGAGGAAAUCUGAGGAUAAAGUUUGAGAUAAGGUUUCCUGCGAGGUUGAGUUCGGAGCAGAAGGCGGGGAUAAAGACUCUGUUGCCGCCAUGAAGGGGAAGCAGCUGAAACUGAAAAAGGAGAAAGGGGAGGUUGUUGGUGAUGGCACUGUGAUUGUGUUUGCCAAUGUAGUGUGCAUAGCUGAAGAGAAAGGAAAAAUAUAUGGCUGGGUAUGUUUGGAAAUUCUCAUUUUGAAGAGGUACUUUUAAGAAUAAAUUUGUA